UGGUGUUCAAAGAUGGUGUAGCUGGAAUGCUGUUUGAACACAGUGCCUUGGAUGGAAUGGUAGCUGGCCUUGUGGUUGGACGUGUAUGGAAAGUUUCAGAGUCCCUAACUAUAGAGCGUAUAGACAGAUCAGAUCAUACUGUUUCCCACCCAAAAUCUCUCCAAUUCCCACUAGGAGGUAUUACAACUCUGGAUCAACCACUUUACAAUCUUUCCGAAGCAAAUAACCCUAUUGUUACUUUUGAAGUUUCAUCUUACCCAGAUGUUUUCACAACUCUAAGGAGUCACAGGGGAUUAUAUGAUGCAUGGAUAAAUUUUGCAUUGCAGCUCUCUCUAAGGCAAACUCUUGGAGAAUCAGCUGAUCGAUACAUCAUGGUGACCCCUACUCACAUGCGACACUACAAACAUGGUCGCUGUGAUCCCACAUAUUCAGUCACAAUGCUGUCUCGUCAUCUAGUUACAGCCCUAGGGUCCUGCAUCGGGCCAGAUGAUGACCUUUGCUAUACCAAAGAGCUCUUUCAACAGUUCCACUUAGCGUUCAUGGAGCACAAAAAACAUAUCAAAGCGACUAAAAGUGGUAGUGGUGUAGGGCCUCAUUUAGCUGUCUUGCGUACUGGUCUGUCUCAGGACAACCCACUUAAGAAAUUUCUUGAUCUUUUUGGGUGCCCCUCAAUUUACCUGACUGGAUCAGAUCUGAUGGAAGGUGUUGACUGUGCUGUUGGCAACGUCUAUGCAACUGACCAGCUAGCUGUUACAUACCUUGGCAAGAAGGACAAGGUUCGCAUUGUGCUAAAUGCAAAGGGAACAUUUGCCGGUAUCUUAGGAAAACUCAAGCAGUGUCUUGAAUUAAACAUAAAGCUUGUGAUGCUUCUCGCAAUAAGGUAUGCAAUUGCUGGGCAGAUGGGAGCCAUUGAAUGCCUUCUGGAAAAAGAGAAUGAAACAAACGACACUGCCGCAGAUAAUUACACAAAUGAAUGGAAUAAAUUGGUGGACAAACCAGACUCUACUUUCCCAGGAACAUCCAAUUUCACCAUGAUGAUUCAUGGAGGAGCAGGAGAGGAAAUGAUGUCGAACAAUAAGAUAGAUGGGGUUAUUGAAUUUGCCCUUCACACAGCACUUACACUGGGCGUAAAAGUGCUAAGACAGGGAGGCAGCAGUCUGGAUGCAGUUCAGCAAAGUGUUGCUGCUUUAGAAGACUGUUUCUUAUUUAACGCAGGCAAGGGCUCUGUGUACAAUCAAAAUGGCCAGCAUGAGUUGGAGGCUACAAUUGUGGAUGGACACAAAAAGAACUCGGGAUCAGUGGCUUGCUUGCACAAUGUUAAGAACCCAGUGAAAGCAGCCCGUUAUGUCAUGGACAACAGCAAACAUGCAUUACUAAUAGGAGAUGGUGCUCAGGAGUUUUUGAAGGGUCUGUCAGAAAAAGAAAAGCCAGUGAAAACAGACUACUUUCACACUGAUGUCAGAUUCAAGGAACUUACAAUGAAACUCAGUGGAAAUACAAACAACCAUCCUCAGACUGUAGGUGCAGUUGCACUGGAUUGCUGGGGCAAGCUAGCAGCAGCCACAUCUACAGGGGGCUUAGUAGGUAAGUGGAAAGGUAGAGUCGGAGACACAGCGAUUGUCGGAGCUGGAAUAUAUGCUGAUGAGAAACUAGCUGUUACGUGCACCGGUGAUGGUGAUGCAUUCUUAUGUCAGACAGUUGCUCAUAAAGUAGCUAGUCUCUACAACCUCAAAGGGUACAGUCUAAGACAAGCCUGUCGAGAAGUGAUUUAUGAGGUUCUGGGUGCAAAAUGUGCAGGAAUCAUUGCUAUUGACCACAAAGGUGAAGCUGUAGUUGAGACAAAUGCUGGAGUAAUGUUUGUUGCAUCAAUGAAGGGUGGUGUUGCUCAAGCUGAAGUCUUCAGACCCAUGAUGAACUUUGUGAAUGUGAUUUGGGAAAAUCAUGAACUAGUAGCUUAUUUGCAUUCUGAACCAUGGACCUCAGGAACAACCAUUCUAACCCGAAAAGCCUUAAAUGGACCAAACAGUAUUUUUCAGUUAACUGUGCCUAACUAUGUUGCAAUGUUAUUAGAGGCACAAACAGUAGCUAACUUGCUUUGUGAGAAACUAGGUGUGCACCGUUGUGCUCUUGUAUUUAGACCCCAACCAGACAAGCCUGCUUUUAUCAAAAUCCUACCUCUUUAUGGCCUAGAUCCUAACUGGAAGGCUUAUCUUGCCAGGGAAGAAGAAUUCUACACACAUGACCCUGGCUAUUGCAGUUCAAAGAGUGGCCCACGUUGUGAGGAUGAAUUCCUAGACCAAGUCCAAGCAAAGAUCAGGGCUCAGCUCCCAACACCCAAUGCUCCAUCUAACUAUGAUUUCCAUGGAGAUCCAUCUGACAAUAAACUUUUUUCACACAUUGUGAAAGGGGAAGUGCAACACUGGCGUGUGUGGGAGGAUAAUCAACAUGUAGCCUUUCUUACCCCAUUCCCCAACACACCUGGUCUUACCGUUCUGGUGCCAAGACAACCACUAUCAAGUGACAUCUUCCGUCUUGACAAGAAUGACUACAUAGCCCUCAUUUUGGCUGCACGGAAAGUAUCUCAACUUCUCGAAAAGGGAAUGGGUGCUAGAGGCGUGGCCCUCAUAUUUGAGGGUUUGGAAAUAAAUUAUGCCCAUGCCAAGUUAAUUCCAAUAGUCACAAAGCAAGGUGGAAUGUGUCACACUGUGCCUCCCCAGUUCUGCCCAAUCUACCCUGGGUAUGUCACAUCUGUUGAUGGUCCUCCAGCAAGUGCAGAUGCUCUAAAAGAGAUCCACACCAAAAUCACCAAGACAUCUCCGCCUCGAACUUGGGAAAAACCUGAAAGCCACUCCAUAUUAGCCAUUAAGAGCCAAUGGUACCGCAAUCUCUUUCAGAUCCAAAAUACUCUAUUCCACAGUACGGUUGAUUUCUUCACAAACAUAUGCAAGUUCUCAUAUGCUCUGACACCAAUCACAACUGACACCAUUUCUUCACCAAUGGGUCUAGGGUCUGACUCUGAGCCUGUUUCUGUCAAUAUGUUAGGCCAAGAUGUGUACUUGGCUGACUCCAUGCAGUUUGUCCUAGAAUACUUCUUACGAUUUCAGGAGGGGCUUCCAGGGACAUACUAUGUCUCUCCCAGUUUUCGAGGAGAGGACCCUGAUGCUACUCAUCUGAAUCAGUUUUACCAUGUUGAGUGUGAGUUGCUAGGAGACAUGGAUGCUGCUGUUAGCAUAGCAGAAGGCUAUGUGGUCCACUUGACACAGGCAAUGUUAAAACAUCACUCAAAGAUCAUCCUAAGUGCAGCAGGAACACUGUCUCAUGUACAGGAUCUGUUAAAGAUGAUGGAGAAACCACUCCCAAGGGUGACUCUUGAGCAAGCUAUUCCAAUGAUGUCAUCCUCUGAUUGUAUCGAGUGGGUACAAGAUGGGCAGCCUCAGUUUGGCAGAAAGCUUACACGGAAAGGAGAAGCAGCCUUGAUUGAAAAGUAUGGUGGUGCGGUUUGGUUGACAGAAAUGGAUCACCUCAGUGUACCCUUCUACCAAGCUUAUGUUAAAGGCUCUAAUAAAACCAAAGCAAAGGCAGCUGAUUUGCUCUUGUGGUUGGGGGAGACAGUAGGGCUUGGGGAACGACACUCCACCCCUGAGAUGGUACAAGAAGCUCUACAACACCAUGCUGUGCCAGAGGAAUCAUAUAAAUGGUACAUCAACAUGAGGAAAGUCAUACCUUUGUCUACAAGUGGUUGGGGCAUGGGUACAGAAAGAUACCUGUGUUGGUUACUACAGCACAAUGAUGUUAGAGACAUGCAGAUCAUCCCCAGAAUGAAAGCCAAGAAAUACAUGCCUUAAAAUCUAGUUCAAGUACAUUGAUUAACAUAAUUGAAAGUAAGAUUCCAUGUAUUGAGAUGAUUUUUAUGACCACAUACAGAAUAUAUAUAAAUAGUGAUUUAAAUAAAAUAUUCAUGUACAUCUUUCAGAUAUAGUGCAGUGCUGCUUGCAAUACAAAUAAAUGUUAGCAUUUUAUAAAUGUAUGUAUCUCAGCUUGUACACCUAAUCACUGAGUAAA